UCCUACCACAGAUCCUAAAGACGUCACCACAUUGCCUCCAAUUGGUAAACAAGAAAAUAAAGAAAAAAACACUCAUAAACAGAUAUAUCCUACCACAGAUCCUAAAGACGUCACCACAUUGCCUCCUUAUUACUUUACAAUGACAGCUCCUAAAAAGGAAGGUAAAUUUCACCCUCACACCACGAGUAGGAUGAGUCACAGACAAGGGAACGAACCAGCAACAACCGCAAAGCAUUUUGGUAGGUUAAAGCAAAAGGAACGAAAGAAGCCGCGUCCAAUUACUCAACAUUUGUCGACUAAGCCAACUUUGAAGUCAUCAGAAAAUUCAGUCCCAACGAAUCAUAACUUCUCGCCGUCGAUUAGUAAAAUAAGUGAGCAACAAGAAGAGACAGAGGUAUUGGAACCUUUACAUUUUACAAGCACUACCACUGGGAAACAAACGUAUCUAGGUCUUGAUAAUUCCAGCGAAGGAGUUACAUUGCCAACUAGAAAGACCUCCCUGGCAGUAUUACCCUAUUUGAAUCCUACCAAAGAGAAGGAUGAGCAUACUGAUAAACCUGUGGCACAUGAAGACAUGUCUACACGAAAACCCAACAGAUAUAGUUAUUAUUCUCCAAGCUUUCAUAUGCCAUCAUCAAAGGUCAAGAAACCGCACCGAAAGCCAGGUCCUGCUAAACCAACAACAAAACCAACAAAAAUGAUAAUACAAGCACCCUCCAAGAAUCAACCACUUAAUGAAUUCACCACAAUAAAAACAGCUCAUUAUCAUCACUUUGAUCCAAGUUCCACCAAAGCAACAAAACCGACCAAAAUGAUAAUACAAGCACUCCCCACGAAACAUACAACACCAAGUGGCGAUGAACCAAACGGCGUUACUAUAAUGAUGCCAACUAUGUCAUCUUCAAGUGGACCAACUGAUAACCUCAUAAAGAUCCCUCAAAAUUAUUGCGUAGCCGGGCCAGUACUAUAUAAUCAUACUCUCAAUGGUGGAUUGGAAUCUGGGCUUUUUCAUGAACUCGAUGACGUCAACACCAUGGAUUCAUGUAUCAAGAGGUGCUGCCAGAAUAAAAUUUGUGACGUAGCUUUCAUGGUGCUGGAUCACUGUUUUCUUGUUACGUGUUCAAAAACAGAUCCUGAUCAAUGUGAAACUGUUCCGGCACUGGCCACAGGGUUUGAUCCAAAAGUCUCUAAAAUUUCAAGAGUAACACCUUUGCAGGAGACAACAGCAUCACCAGUAGGUAGUUCGCCAAAUCCGAAUACUCAGAUGCCAACGGCACCACCAACGGCACCACCAACCUUAUUCACUACAACUAAUAUGGUCAAACCGUUAGUGACAACUAGUAAAGAACCUGCCUAUUUACCUCCGAAGACCACUCCAAAACCUCAUACAUGGAGACCAACAACUCACCGAGCAAUAAAGACUCCUGGUUUAUUGCAGGGCUGCAGAAAAGAAGCAAUACAAUACAACGUUACUUUGAGAGGAGGUUUACACGCUGGAAAGUUCCAACUCUUUGGCAGACUAAAAAGCCCUCAACUUUGCGCUAAGCAUUGUUGUAAGUCAAGUACUUGUGACUUGGCUUACUAUAUCUUCGGACAAUGUUACCUUGUGCACUGCUUUGAUGACUAUCUUUGCCAGACAACACAAGCAAUGCUGCCUGGGUUCAGUCCAUCUGUUAUCCGUGUCAAGCAUGUUAAAAGACCAAAAGCGCCAAAGCCAUGGAAUCUCAUAAGCAGUGUUUUCAAUUCGAUUGAGCCAGAAUUGCCAACUUCAAAACCAAAGCCAAAUAAGACUUGCGCACAUUCUAAUGUGUAUAAUGAGGUAACCCUUCGUAUGGGAUACCACUCAGGUAAUUUUACUGCACAUGGAAAGCUUAACUCAUCGGACGAAUGCCUCAAGCUCUGCUGCAAUGAAAGGCACUGUGACCUGGUAUUUAUGUUCUUGGGCAAUUGCUUUACCGUGAAAUGCAAGAGCAGCUUUGCCUGCGAGAUCGUACCAGCAAGGGAAUCCCAGUAUCAACCCAAAAUUGCUUACAUACUCCAUGGGACAGCUAAAGCACCUGAGUCACCUUUUAGUUUGAGCCUGCCUAAUUCAAAGGGAGAAAAACCCGUUAAUGUCGUGCAUUUUACAGAGCUUCCUCAAGUUUCCAGAUUGAAGCAGAGACCGGGUUCAAAGAAGAACAUGGCAAUGAAACACACAUCUCUAAAAAAGAAAGCUAGGAAGACAAGACACAGUAGGAAGCACUUAAAGGUACACCAUAGAAAUAAUAAACCAAAACAAGUUCAUUCAUCGUUAAAGAACCACAAGAAAAAGACAAGGAAAAAACAAGAUCUAAACUCUAACUCACCGUCCUUUUUAAGAGCAAAUUAUAAAAAGCAAAAACACAAGAAAAGCACUAAAACAUUUAAGAAAAAGACAAAGAAAAAACCGAAAAGAUACAAAGGAAGCCACCACUUGAAAACUUCAAUGAAGAAGGUUAUUAAACAUAAAUUAAAGUACAGUUCAAAAUCCUUCCUAAGAGCAAAUAAGAAGAAGGAAAAACUUAGAAAACAAAGCCACUUGCAAACUCCGAUGGAGAAAGUUCUGAAAGGUUUGUCGCUAGUCAUGAAAGAAAAUCAAAAACUUGAGAAAGAAGUUUCGAAGUUACUGCACAAAAAGAAGACGAAGCAAAGAAAAAAGGUUAAGACCACGAGUGGCAACGUUAUGAAUUCAACAAAUAAAACAGAUAAAAAUCACAUGUUGAAGAUUAGUAUAAAGAACGUCACCCUCAAAGCUGAUAAUGAGCGACUCAAAAAUGUGUCCUACAAGAAUCCGGUUGUAAAUGUUCCAACCAGUUCUUCAAGUACCACUCGUUCUGUAGCCUCCAUAAAACCAUCGAAGAAAAUUGAUGGCUCAAUACGCUCUCCUACGCAGAAUCAACAAUUCUAUCCCCAAGGUCACCAAGUUCUUGAUAAUUUUACUGCAUCUGUAGACAACAAUUCCAGGCCUCUAAAUUAUAGUAAAAGCAAUGCAGGUGAUGUUCGUGAUAAACAAUUCGCCUCUCCAUCACAUAUGAUGACACCGGACCAACAAAAGCCUAACCUAAAUGAUUCCAAGCCUUUAGCUUAUCCAUCAAAUGAAUCUGUAAGUUUGAAAUAUGAUAAAAGCAAGGCAGACAUUAUGAAUAGUGAAGAGGGAUCCUUUACAACACAUAUGAAGGCACCAGAGCAACAAAACUCCAACCUAAAAUAUUUCAAACCUUCGAUGUAUCCUUCAAAAGAAUAUGCAAAUUUGAAGUAUGACAAGACCACGGUCGAUAGUGUCAAUAGUCAGGAGAAAUCCUUUGCAACACAACUCACGACACCAGAUCAAGAAGUUACGGAAUUUCUACCGGGAGAAGACGGACCAAUGCCAAAACACAAGUUAAUCCAUCAUAAUAAGAAAGAGACAGUGUUCUCUUUUUUACACCCUCGAACGGAUACGUUUCUCUCCAAGCAACGUUUGCCUAACUCUGAAAGAAAACAAGGGGAAUCAUACGGCAAACGCGGUCACAUUAACCAUCGAAGAGAAAGAAAAUUCAAGGGUCAUUUUAAGACGAUACUAAGUAACCAUGAAGGGCGGUACUCAGAACCAGAGUUGCCUGAUGAUGAUGAGGAGAAGGAUUUUGAGGAUAAUUUGGAAGAUCCAAGCACUGAUGGAGACGAUAAUUCUGUAAUCACAAAUUCCGAAAGGGGGAGCAUCCAAUCAGAGGAUUCCGAAUUAGAAAAUAAUGAUUCUGAACGAAAGAUCUACCGACCAAACGAAGACAGUACAGAAAGAUUAGAGCAUCGUGUCGUCCGUCCGUCUGAGGAACAAUCAAGAAGAAGGCACCAUCGUAUACACAGGCAUCGACAUGUAAUAGAAAUCCCGAAAAGUCCAUAUGAUUAUGAAGAUAUAGAUGCGGACAAGAAGGAUGAAGACGUUAAUGGCUUAAAGAAUGAUGUCAGACCUACGAAGUCACAUCAUCGAAAGCACAUAUAUCGCAAAGCUCAGAAAGAUCAUCACGCAAGGCAUUAUGGUCCUGCAUAUGCAGAUUCUAAUGAUUUUGAUAAUUUCGAAGACUUGGAAAGUUCAGACCUCCAUCACAGAAGACCUAAAUAUUCAAGGCACAAACAUAGAAAGCAGGAAAGUGGAUUGCACCAAAGAAAGGACGACGAUCUACCAACAUCAGGCUUUGAUGUCGACUAUGAUUCCAAUGGUGAUUUUGAUAGUGAGCCAACAUCCACUUAUUCUAUUCAUCAUCAUCGGCACCAUCGUAGGCCUACAGCUUCAGACCUGGAAGACAAAGAUGUUAGCCCCACCGCAAUGAGUCCAACAACACAUUCUGUGAUGCACCAUAGAAUAAUCCAUCCGCCCGGUUCCUCACGCCGGCACCACCAUAAGGCUCCAACAUCUUCAGAGUACGACAAUGGAGACGUUAGCCCAACCACUAUGAGUCCAACAGCACAUUCUGUGAUGCAUCAUAGAAUAAUCCAUCCGCCCGGUUCCUCACGCCGGCAUCACCAUAAGGCUCCAACAUCUUCAGAGUACGACAAUGGGGAUAAUAGCCCCACUACUAUGAGUCCAACAACACAUUCUGUGAUGCAUCAUAGAAUAAUCCAUCCGCCCGGUUCACAGACCCACCAUAAGCAUCAUCACAAAUCUGAGACCUCUCGAGAGUCCGGCGAUGGAGAUACUAGCCCUACCAAGUCAAGUCCAUCACAUUCUGUUAUGCACCAUAAAAUAUUACAUCCGCCUGGGUACAAGCCAACGACAAAGUACAGCUCGAAGAAACAGAAAAUAGAUAAACUCUAUGACAAGGUUAAUCAGCUCUAUAACAAACUGGAUAUUCUCAUGAAACUGGAAUCCACUAAGAGUAACAAUACCUACAAAAACGCAUCGGCGCCUUCGGUACAUCCUACAGUAGCAGCGUCAACUACCCACCAUGUCAUGCACCAUGAAAUUCUACGUCCUCAAUCUCCCUCUGAAAAUAUCUCAAAAGUCAUGGAUAAUCCUAUGAAGAGUCAAGAGAAAAUUUCAGAACAUUCCAUUGAGAGGCCUAAUCAAUCCACUUCUUCACAGAGUGUAGGGUCAUCACAAGAAACACUUUUUAUGAGACCACCACCGAAGAGUAAUUUGAUUGAUCAGUCUAGUGAUGUGAUGCUGGAUUAUAUUAAGAGUAUAUAUGAGCAUGCAGUAAAGGUGCAUCGUCAAAAAGUAUUGGCGCAUGAGAAGAAACACUUGCGGAAAAACAGGCAAAAACACAAAAACAGGCCAACCAUGUCGAGAGGGAAAAGUAGUUAUAGUUCAGAAGAAAGAAAGAAAAAGCAUCGAAAGUCAAAGAAAAUCCAUUACAAACACUACCACGAAGAGAAAGCAAUCCUACAAGAGAUGAAAAAUAUCUACAAAGAAAUGAAAGAACUCAAAGAGAAAGGAAGUAAGACGAAAGAUAACCAAACCCACCAUGGAAAUAUAUCACCUGAGGAUACAAGAUCUACUAUUCCGCAUCCUCGCAACAGGACGGAUAAUGUGCGCACCACGCCCUCAACAAAACCGAUACCAACAAUUGCUCCGCCACCAAGAGGAAUGCCUACUAACAAGCUUCCAUAUAUUGAAAGUUCAACAAUCAGUGAAGGGAGAGAUGGCGCCCAGAAGUCAUCAAUUCCUGGGGAUAAGAAGACACGAAUGAUAGACAACGUUUCAACAAAUCCUACAGUUGGGCGAACAAAGCCAAAAACAACUCCAAACUUCGAGAAAAUGAUAAGCCAAGUUGCUGUGAAGGUAGCUAAUGAUGUCGUACAAGAGAUGGAACAUAAGAAUGCGAAGAAAACAUCCAAAGUAGAAAAGACAAAAAUAAAGAAAACGAACUACACAAAGAGGAAGAAUACAAGAAGCAAUGGACUUACCUUUGGAAAUAAGAAAAGCAUCCAAUCGGAGUUUUCUCAUCUUUUGUCAGAACUUGAAUCUGUGAAGAAGAGUAUAGCUAGUCCACGCCUUAUCAAGGCAUCACCAAAGCCGGUCGCUCCAACUCCUGCAACACGAAAAAAGAUUACAAAUGGCUUAGAAAUGAAGAACAGGGCAACCCUUGGAAACAAUAUGCAAAAUCCUGAUUUGUCAACAGCUGCUAAAUCCACUGAGGAUGCAAGCAGCCCUGCGCUAGCUGAAGCUGUGAAUAUCUUACAAGGUUUAACAAAUCCAUCACUUUCUUCACAUCCUACAAAACCGGUUACAGAGUCUGCAUUGGCCAAAGCCGUAUCAAUCUUAGGUAACUUAGAGAAAUCAAAGAACUUCCAAAAUGGAAAAAUUGCUGGGCAUAAUAACAACGAAGCAUUGCUCAAAGCCAUUWCUAUUUUGAAAAAUCUAAAUAGACCAAAGCUUUCACAGCCUACGAAAAUGAGAAAGAAUGAUGUCGUAAGUUUGGCAAACACUGAGAAGCCUUAUAACAGUCCAAAUUUGGAGAAACAAAACGAAAAGCCGAAUAAAAUCGGAUCGGGAAUUGAAAAGGCAAUAGAGAUUUUAAAAGAAUUUCAGUCACCGAAAUUAUCUGAUAGCCCUAAAGAGACUAUUAACGAGGACAAGACUAAAACAGAUUUAGAAGAUAAGAGAAUGGGACAGCAGGAAGAGGAUAUAUCUAAGAGCUCAACGAUACCUCUUCAUUCUGUGGGACCUUCGAAUGUGCCCAAAUCACCAAACCUAGAAGAUGAGAAGAUUAGAACGGAGAAAAUUCCAGAAUUAAAAACAUCUGUGAAUAGCCACACCAGUCAUUUCAUAAAGYCGCAAGAAAAAGAAGCGCAAAAUCCAAGCCUUUCCAGAACACGAGAAUCUUCCAAUGAUCUACAGCUUCAGCAUUUGAUAGACACAGUUGCUGACCAGGCUGUUAAAGAAGUCGAAAAAUCUAUGAAAAAUCACAAAGAUGCGCUAAGUGGAAAUCUCAUAGCAUCGUCAGAGACAUCAAUUCCUAAACUAGAAAAAGAUAAGAAGUCGGAAACACCGAGUGCAUCUCUUAUGAAAGCACUUGAUGAUGUCCAGGGAAWCAAAUUAAGCUCAGAUAAGAUUCAAGAGACAAGGCAUUCAACUGYUGACGACCAACAGUCACAUUUCGAGUGGCCUAUACACAAAGUGUCACCUAAAACUACUCAGAAAUUUCCCCUCCCUACAUUAACAACCGAGGAUAACAGCAUUAGCGCUGCAGAAUUGGGACCCGAAGUACCAAGUGCUCAGGAGCUGAAGACGCUGAUGAAGUUUAAAAACAAAUGGAAUGUUAAAAUUGGAGGGGACAGGAAAAAAGUCGACAUUCCGCACAACGGUUUUGGUAAUGAAGUCUACAUGGUUGUCCACUUCAGUUUUGAGACCAUYAAGAACGGUCUUGUCAUGGACGACUCUGGUCUCCAUAAYAAYGGCAAAGUAUCUAUCAAACCAACCAGCACAGYKASUGACACCAAGUGUGGCGCGGCAAUCACMAUGAACGGGGGCCAUAUCUUGUUCGAUAACAAGGCCUUUCAUGGCAUACCACGAGAAGCAAUUACUGUUGCAUUAUGGGUCAAAUUAGAAACUGCUGAUAACUUUUACAACCUUUUCACCACUGAGGGGAAUGGAGCCAAGUAUACUUUCCAAGUCACAGAMGGCAAAGUUCAUUGGUCGCAUUUGAACGAUAAUGGACAYGUGGUAUUCGCACUUGAGACAGAACCAGUUGUCAAUCUAGGAGACUGGGCCCAUCUUGGUGCAACCUACGACUCACGUACCAACCUCUCCAAGGUCAUAGUGAAUGGUCAAGUAGUUGGAGAGAAGCUAGGAUAUGGGCUGUUAUCUCAGAACUGGGAUGGAAAAGCAGGGAUCGGAUUAGCGGGAGGAAUACAGGGAAUAGUUGACGAGUUCUAUAUUUUCAAUCGUGCUCUGGCUGCUUCAGAUGUUGCAGAUCUGUCUGAAGAAUGUAACCUUGGUGUGGGUGAAUCAAUUCCAAUGAGAGAGGGAAGCUACAAUGGUCUCAUACCAGACCAACUCAUCGAAGAAGCUAUGGCUAAAUUACGCGCAGCAAAAAGCAGAGCAACGASUACUCCUACCCAAGCUACAACUACGUUGCGGCCUACCACACCAACAACUGUAACYACUACCGCCAAAACCACUAGUACAACAYCUUCAACAACAGCUAAACCACGMUCUACGUCACCUAUAAGCAAUACCAAAUACACAACUCCCAAAGCYAUCGUUCGACCUUUAACCAAUACAUCUUACGUAAGACCUACAAUACCGCCUUUGACAGUAGCAGUGGACGAGCCUCAUUGUCAAAAGAGUUCGUUUUACUACAACAGCAAGCUAAAAGCAGGAAUGAACGCUGGGCUAUUUAUAGAUCUUGGAAGUGUUCACGUGACCACAGACUGCCUCAAACAAUGUUGUCAAAUGGAAUCAUGUGAUUUGAUAUAUCUGGCAAAUAAUCAUUGUUAUGCYGUCGAUUGCUUUAAUGCUGAUGUCUGUCAACCAGUGCAGUUGCUGAACAUCGACUUAGAUGGUCCUAGUGUKUACUAUGUCAUGCGUAAUGGCAAGUCUAUCCUGAAAAAAGGUAAAAAUACGAAUUCAAAUACUCCUGCAACAACACUUAGCCCAUUAUUACCUGCACCAACAAAGACUACGCGACCACCAUAUUCAGUUUACGAAGAGGUUGAUGAUUGGGAUACCGUCGAUGAGCCGUCGAAGCCCACUCAAAGCCAGGCCCUAGAUCAAGGCUACUGCACGCAAAGCAUGUUCUUUUACAAUGUCAAACUGACCGGCGGUCUCAAAGCAGGAACAAUUCUCACCAAUACAUUUGCKAGCAAUAUGCACCAGUGUGUACGGCUUUGCUGUCAAGAUACAAGUUGUGACAUCGCUCUGAUGAAGAAAGACGAAUGUUUUACGAUGCACUGUCCAAUGUCACGGUGUACAGUUCAAGAUGGCGGGGAGUUCCAAAUUUCAUUUGUUUCCAGGCAAGGACAAGGAACUAGCGCAGAUGAUUCGUCGCUGUUCCCUACGACGUCCAUGCCCACACCAACCCUUGGCAGUGACGAGAAAGAGAGCGAGCCCGAUAGUCACUCACAACAUCUGUCUUUAUAUCUUGGUUUUGAACAUGUGCUUGGUUCGGUUGUCGUUGAUGGUUCAGGCCUCAAUAACGAUGCAAAACUGACAACAGGAACAUCGGUCAAAACUGGCAGAGUAGGCCAAGGUGCAAGCAUGAAUGGUGGUGAUUUACUUUUACAUGGGAAGCACUUCCACGGUAAGCCACGCAAGGCGGUUACUUUGGCUGUCUGGUUGAAGCUGUCGGCUACUACUGGUACUCACACAGUGUUCAGUACAACUCAGAGCAACUCGUUCCAUCGGAAGGCGCAGUACAAUUUCGAAAUCUAUAAUGGUCACGUGCGCUGGUAUCACCGUCUUGGAGUCUCGCGAAUCGUCUUCAAGAUCCAAACGCCCCGAGUCAUAUAUUCUGACCUGUGGUAYCACGUCGCUUGUACAUACGACUCCGACCAGGGCCUUGCUAAGGUGUUUGUGGACGGCAAGCUUAGGGGCUCCACCCAUGGGCGUGGCUAUCUGUCACAAGACUGGGGAGGCCGAGCUGCGUUUGGUUCUCAAGAAGGAAGAAAGAUUCUUUUUGGAAAACUYGAUGAAAUUUAUAUGUUUACCAGAGCCUUGUCGGGCGAAGAAAUACGCAAAUACGUCGAAAAUAUACAAGGUCAAUCAAGAGGAAAAUAUCUCACUCACCCGAGUACUCCAACACCAACGAGGUCACCUUUUGAUGCUUUAGAACCAUUUCUAUCCUUCACUGAAUCACCGCUCUUCUCUCAGAAACCAACUCCAAAUACUCCAUCUUUGGCGCAAGCCUUGAAMGCACUUGGUUCAUCUCGGAGACCUACAAGUAAAAUGAAAACGAAUUCAACGCCAAAGAAAGAAACCACAACCGCUCCAACUACUAAACCAUCGGCUACAACACCAACUACAAACCCACCAACAACUACCAAACCAACUACCAAACCAACCACCAAACCAACAACCACUACCCCACCUUCCACCACGCCAACGCCUGUCACCACUCCAUCCAAACCAAAAACGACUUGUAAACUGGGCAAUGUCCUUAGAAACAGCGAUCUUGUAGGUGGACUUGGGGCAGGAAAYUUCACCGACAAGGGAAAGGUGUCGACAAUAGAGGAAUGCAUGCAGCUUUGCUGUGCGAUGGAAAACUGUACAGUMGCGUAUCAAGUCGGAGAAAAYUGCUUUGCUGUCGAGUGCAUGAACUCAAGAUUGUGUGGAACUAUCACCAGAACGCCUCUGAGUGUCAGCCCUGUUAUUGGAUUCGUUAACCGCUACAACGCWGAUGGUUCAUUACUGUCCUUCUUCAAGGCAUCGACAUCACCAACAAACAAGCAAACAGAUUCAACCAACAAACAACCUACACAACCUAUAAAAGAUGCAGGAUUACUAACACACACYAGCACAACGAAAACUCCAACCACGCCCACYUGUAGCCAUAGCGACGUCUAUCAUCACGUGACAUUGAAAGGUGGGCUGAAGGCCGGAACGUUUACUAAGCUUGCAGAGUUUUCSAACAUGGCUGAAUGCGCUAAAAAGUGCUGCGCUCGGCAGAAGUGUGAUGUUGCUAUUAUGAUGAGUGAUACKUGCUUCGGACUGCAGUGUAACUCAACCGAGGUGUGCGAGACAAAACCAGCUCACUUGAAGCAUUUUAAGCUUGUGAUUGUUUACAUUCAGAGAAACGGACCGAGAGAAGAUCGACUUACUACUCCCACCACCGCACCACAAACAACCAAAGAACCUUCCCUGGAGGAACUGCUUGGUAAGGUCAAGCCAACUAAUUCCCCAACCACAAGAUCAUUCCUACUUGACGCCCUUGGAAAAAUACAAAGCGCUACUUCACCAGUACCAACAAACAGCAACCGUCUCUGUUCUCAAGGCCUUAGGAUCAACAACGUAAUCUUGAAUGGCGGUAUGGGCUCUGGGGAAGUUGCACAGCAUAAGRACGUAUCAGACAUAGAUGUCUGUGCAGCAAAAUGUUGCAAUUCCCGAGGUUGUAACGUGGCGUUUGUCAUCCACGAUGUUUGCUACACGAUCAAAUGUUACAGCCGCGAUCUUUGCAGAACGAGGCCUCUAGAGCAAAAUACUUUCACUUCGAAAGUGGUGUAUAUCAGCAGAAAUGGAAUAGCUAUGUUCAGCAGUGCCAACGAAGCCAAAGUUGGAGGGUCGACUUCCGAUAUACUCUCGACAGCCCAACCUAUACCGAUGUUUGCGUCCAAGACUAACACCAUCCCAGGCGCAGAGGGAGAUGAGAAUGCCACGAAAACAUCAGAACUACGAUGCGAAGCCGGCAACUACUUUUUGAAUGUCAGACUACGUGGUGAUCUUGGUGCUGGGGUUUUUACGAAAAGAGGAAAGGUGAUAACCAUGGCMCAGUGUACCCGCUUCUGUUGUGAUGACGAGUCAUGUGAUUUGGCUUAUCUGUUGAAGAGUGUAUGUUAUUCUGUGAGUUGCCAUAGCGAAGAGCUCUGCCAAGUUGUGACAUCUUCUCCCCUGGCUGACAAUCCCACAGUUGCUUAUGCUAUUAGGUACAACAGCAAUGGAACAAUACACAAAAAACCAAGUGUUUCAAACGAAGUGGCCACUCCGUCAACUUACGCAGCACCAACAACAGCAACACCAAUCAGUACUAUUGCUACGACACACCAAACGACCGCUAAAACAACGAAUAAUCAAGAAAACCAUCAGAAGCAUCAUCAACAUGCUGAAGAUGAAAAGGAGAAAGAAAUUGCAGAUACUCAUCAUCACCACCACCAAAAAAUACAUCCACACCACUCAACACACCACAAACARAAGACUGCAGACAAAGAUAGAAACCACUAUGAUAGAAAGAAACACCCGAGUCAACACCAUCAUACUCAUCACCAUGGAGACGAGCAUAAAGAUCACCAUAUAAACCAUCCAAAGAAACACAAGUCUCAUGAUGAUCAUCAUGGCAAARAAAGUAGUGGUAGUCAGAGUGAGGCGCAUCACGAUAACAAACUUGAGACCUUUAUGUCGCAUUUGUCUUCUGAAGACCUGAACACUAUUGCGUCUCUUCACGCGGCGGAAAGUGGAGCAGACCUCCAGGAAAUCAUUCGCUGUACUGCUGGUCAUUACGGAUGCCAACAUUUCUGUAUCAACUUGAAAGAUGGUGGACAUCGUUGUAUGUGUCAUCGAGACUACAAGCUGGCAAUCAAUGGAAGAGAUUGCGAAGCACGAAAUGAGUGCAUUGAUGAUAACCACGGGUGCGAACAUCGAUGUAUCAACAACCAAAGCCACCACACGUGUGAAUGUCACAGUGGAUUCAUACUCAAUGCUGACGGAAAACAUUGCGAUGACCUCGAUGAAUGCAAGCUAGAAAUCCAUAGCUGCUCACAGGAAUGUCAGAACACGCCUGGCAGUUACAAGUGUUCAUGUGGAAGGGGAUACGUUCUGGACAGUGAUCGGGUCACUUGUAAAAGCAUUGACGAAUCGGGAGAAAGAAAGGAUCAGCUCGAGAAUCAUGAUCGUGGUCUAGAAAUACCUACAAUGAUUGUGCAAACACCCAAAGAUAUCAUCCUGCAACAAGGCCAGACGGCGAUUUUUCCAUGCAAGGCACGUGGGCACCCUGCACCGCACAUCGCAUGGGCAGUUGGACCAAACGGAGACCAACCCCUYCCCACUGACGACAGAUUUGGUCUCUUACCAAGUGGGGCGUUGGUCGUCCGUGACGUUAACAUUACAGACAUGGGAAUAURCCGAUGUGUUGCCUCAAAUCCAGCAGGCAGUGCAUCCAGAGGAGCAACACUCAACGUGGAUGAUGUGAACGAGUGUUCUCUUGGCAACGAUAGGUGUGAACAAGUGUGCAUCAACACCAUUGGUAGUUACUAUUGCGAUUGUAACCAUGGAUACAAAAUAAGCGCUGACAACAAAAUAUGUGAUGACAUAGACGAGUGCGAAAACGGUAACCACAGCUGUAAUCAGACAUGCCAUAACACUCUCGGUAGCUACAUAUGUGGCUGCCUUCCGGGUUACCRGCUGCAAGAUGACAAAAAGACAUGUUCUGAUAUAGAUGAAUGCACCCUUCCGGGUCACGGAUGUACUCAGCUAUGUAAUAACACCAUGGGAAGCUAUGACUGUUUGUGUCUUAGYGGUUAUACCUUAUCCCGCGACAAUAUGACAUGCAUAGACCACCACACGAGACUAGACAGCCAAAAAUCCAACACRUUAUCAGCUGGUAUGGCUGCUUUUGUUGCCCUGUUAGUGGUGUCCCUCAUGCUCAUCAUUGGGUCCAUUAUAUUAGGAAUGCAUUUUAUGAAAAGAAGGUCACGAGGCUCAGCUGGUGAUGARGAAAAGGCCUAUAAAAGAUCAAUAUUUUCUUGGCUGGAAUAAAAAUAGCAAAUUUAAAUGAUAAACAUUUUUUAACCAUUUUGAAAUAAAAGCUAUAUAAUUUUCUAUAUUUUCUUUUUUUAACUAAAUUUAUAGAUAU